AAUGAAAAAAUUAAGUCUUCUAAAUAUUGGAUAGCUUCUUAAUUAGAAUCAAAAAACAAGCAUUACACAUCAUUCCCAAGAAUAAUCCAAAAAAUUUAGCAGCUUUGAUCUUAUAACCAAGAGUCCAUAUAAAAACUCUAUAAAUAAAUAACAUCUAAGACAUCAUGCUAAAGAUUAUUUUCCUAUUACUACAAGACAACAUGAAUUCUAAAGUAUUAAAUCUCCUUCACAAACUACAAAAGCAUCAAAACAAUUCAGUAUUACAAAUGCUUGUAUAUAUUAAAUUUAUUAUAUUAGUAUCAUAAUUGUAUAAAGAUGAAGUCAAGUAACCUGGGUCAAGUAGAAGAACAUCUAAAAAGAAUUAUACAUAUUAGUUAAAAAAUAUCCUUGUCAAAGAUAAACUAUCUCCCUUUGACAUUGGUUAAAGUACUCUAUAUUAUUCAUUAUAGGAAUUGCUACUCAAGUAACAUAACCUAAUAUUCCUUAAUCACCUAAAACUAAUUUAAAGACUAGUCCAGAUGUUAGAUCAAUCUAUGGGGAUAAUAAUAAAUAAAAACUAUCGAGUAAAUAAAAAAGUCAAAAUACCACUGAAAGAAUGCUCUAAUUAGAAACAACUAGACAAAAGAUAAUUGCUCUUUAAUUAAAAAUACAAGGAAAUAUUCAAUAACGAUCAUAAAGGAACGUUAAUAAAAAUAAUUUAUUUGAUGAAAAAAAAUAAUAACUUUCAUAAUCAAUACAAUAACCAAUCUAACAAUAAUUAUAAAAACCACAAUUACCUCAAAGUGCUGUGACUGUUCUUAAACAUUAUUUUGAUUAAUUAUCAGAUUAUGAAAAGAAGGAGAUCAUUGAUUAUGAAACUAUCUACUAUCUUCCUCCUAAAAAUAUAAGAUUGCUGAACUAAGAUCCUAAUGAAGAUUAACAAUAUAAUAAUGGAUUUGAUAAUAGCAAGUAUUUUAUUUACUUAUUAUAACUUAGUGGUGAUUACAAAUUUGUUAAAUAAGAUUAAAUUGCUUAUAGAUAUGAAAUGUUAGAAAAAUUAGGCCAUGGAAGUUUUGGAUAUGUUUUUAAGGUUCAUGAUCAUAAGCAUAAAUAAAAUACAGCUUUAAAAAUAAUUAAAAACAAAGAAAAGUUUUACAAUUAAGCUUUAAUUGAAAUUGAAAUAUUAAAAGUAAUAAAUAAAGCAGAUCCUACAUGUUGUUUAAUUAAAAUGCUGAAUUAUUUUGAAUUUAGAGGACAUAUUGUAAAUAUUUAUAAUUUAAUUAGAAAAGUGUCUAGUCUUUGAAUUGUUAAGUUGUAAUUUAUAUGAAUUCAUAGCUAUCAAUGAGUUUUCAGGUUUUGAUCUUGAUUUAAUAAGAAGAUUUGCAAUUUAAAUAUUAUAGGCAUUAUUAUAUAUGAAAGAAUAGAAUAUAAUACAUUGCGAUUUAAAACCAGAAAAUGUACUAUUAAAAGAUUUUAAUCGAUCUGGAAUAAAAGUUAUUGAUUUUGGAUCUAGUUGUUUUGCAAAUUAAAAAUUAUAUACAUAUAUUCAAAGUAGAUUUUAUAGGGCACCUGAAAUUGUACUUGGACUUCCAUAUUCAACUUAAAUAGAUAUGUGGAGUUUUGGGUGCAUUGUAGCAGAACUAUUUACAGGAUAAUCAUUAUUUUAAUCUAAAUCAGAAAAAGAGUUACUUUAUUUAUAAAUUAAAGUAAUAGGAAAACCUGAUAAAAAUUUAUUAGAUCAUUCUACAAGGAAAUCUAAAUUUUUUGAUGAGUAACUUUAAUUAAACUAUGUCAUAAAUGAAUUAGAUUUAAUUUAAUAAAUUAAGCCUUUAUCAUAAUUACUUGAUAAAUCAUCAGAAUAGUUUUAAGAUGUAUCAAAAUUUUAUAAAUUUAGUUUGUAAAAAAAUGUCUAAUGUGGGAUCCAAAACAAAGGAUGACACCAGAAGAAGCAUUAACACAUCCAUGGAUCAUUGAUGGAUUACCUUCAUCAAUUAAGUAUGAAAUAUAUUAAUAUUUAGAAAAUAACAUUUAUAAUAAAUGAAACAUUACAGAUAACUUCAAACUGAAGGAAAUUUAGACUAUUUAAAAUAAUCAUAAGGAUAGGGAGAGUAAUUAGAAUGA